CAAAAAGACCACUCCUCCUUGAACGGCGGAAGCAAAACAAUACCUUUUCUCUGUAAAUUGAUCCUCAAAAAUCAUGGAGGAAGGAUCAAGGGAAUCAGGACUCGGCCCCGACUGGGCCGAGUUGACUCACGAGUGCCUCAUCAACAUCCUCUCGCGACUCACCUUGGAGGAGCGGUGGACCGGCCCCAUGAUCGCUUGCAAGUCCUGGCUCAGCGCCUGUAAGGAUCCAUCUCUGAAUUCCACCUUCGAUCUCGAUCGCCUGUUCGAGUCAUCCACCGAGUUGGCUCGUUGGUGGACCCCCGAGUUUGAGAGAAUAAUUGAUUCCAUGCUCCGUUCUGUCAUCUCCUGGAGCGACGGCAACCUCACCGAGAUCCGCACCCGUCACUGCUCUGAUCUCUCUCUAAAUUUCGCCGCCCAGAGGUGUCGAAACCUUGAGGUUCUUUCAAUUAAGAGCUGUCCUCGUGUUACUGAUGCAUCAAUGGCUCAAAUAUCGUUUUUCUGCCCCAAACUUCGAGAACUUGACAUCAGCUAUUGCUAUGAAAUAUCUCAUGAGUCUCUACUCUUCAUAGGGAGGAAUUGCCCCAAUCUUAAGAUUCUUAAGCGAAAUCUUAUGAAUUGGUUGGAUACUUCCCAACAUGCGGGAAUUGUGCCAUAUGACUAUCUGAAUGCUUGCCCUCAAGAUGGGGACACAGAAGCCAGUGCAAUUGGGAAGUUCAUGCCUAACCUUGAGCACCUUGAAAUUCGGUUUUCCAAGUUAUCAGCUAAAGGUCUUCUUUCAAUUUGUGAGGGGUGUUUGAACCUUGAGUACUUGGAUUUAUUUGGGUGUGCUAACUUGACUAGUCGCGACAUUGCCUGUGCAUCAUCCAAUAUGAAGAAUCUGAAGGAGAUAAAGAAGCCUAAUUUUUACAUCCCCAGAUCAGUCUUCCACACUGACAGGUAUGGUCACUGGAGAUUGUAUGACGAGAGAUUUCAAACAGAUAUCUUCCGAAUCUGAUGGGUAAACCAUUCAAAAUAGAGGACUUCUCAGUUCUCAUACAUUGAUUGGGAUUGAUCCUGGAAAACAUCAUCUGUAUGAUUGUUCAUGGAGCUCUUGAUAAUGUGUGUGGAGACUGUUUGCUUUCAUUUUUUUCUUGUUAUAAAAGUAUGUCCUGUGCUGGUUAUUUUUCAGCUUUUGGUUUUGCUGUAUACUCUGUAUUCGUUUCAGCUUAUAGCAUCACUUAUU